AGGGCUUUAUGUGUAUCUUUUUCAUCUCAUCAUCUUAUGAUGAUCUUUACCAGAAGAGUAAUCUCCAGAAAUCCCCUAUCAACAAACCGUCCAUUUCAUCUACCUUCGAUCCUAAUCAAAACUCUCAGAACUCACUUUUAUGGUAAUGACAAAACUUUUUUUGAAUUAAAAGUAUGUAAUCGCUGCAAGUCUGGUAAUAUCAACAAACUUGAUGAUGCAUUACUUUACUUUGAUAGAAUGGUUACAUUGAACCCCAUUCCUUCAAUUGAUACAUUUAAUCAUCUAUUAUCUUCAAUAAGUAAAAUAAGAUGUCAUUCUUCUGUGUUUCAGUUGUAUCAUAGGAUGAAACUGAUUGGAAUCCAACCUUGUGUUAUCACAUUGAACAUCUUAAUCAAUUCUUGUUGUCAUCUAGGUCGAAUUGAUUAUGGGUUUUGUUUGUUUGGAGAGAUUUUGAAGAGAGGGUUUCAUCCUGAUAUUAUAAGUUUUACUUCUUUGAUCAAAGGGCUCUGUUUGGAAGGGAAGGUUUGGGUCGCGUUUCAACUGUUUGACAAAAUGACUGAAUGUGGUAUUCAACCUGAUGGGGUUAUAUGUGGGACCGUAAUUACUGGGCUUUGUAGGAUUGGUGAAGUUGGUCCUGCUCUUGAAUUGCAUGGAAACAUGGACAAGUUGAAUAUUAAACGUAAUGGUGUUUCGUAUGGUGUUAUUAUAGAUACUCUAUGCAAAAGAGGGUCAGUGGAUCAGGCUUUGAAUGUUUUUUCAGAAAUGACGAAUGAUCCGAAAAUUGUCCCGAAUGUGACUGCUUAUAAUUCUUUGAUUAAUGGACUUUGCAAAACAGGUCGAUUACGCGAGGCUAUAGGAAUCUUUGAUUACAUGUCUGGUCGAGGAAUUUCUGUGGAUGCCUACACUUAUAGUUCUCUGAUUCAUGGUUUUUGCCAGUGUGGGCAGUGGAAAGAAGCAAAAAGAUAUUUUGAUGAAAUGGUGGAAAGAGGGAUCUCUCCUACAGUAGUUACAUAUAGUAUCCUAAUAAAUUGUCUGUCAAAAGUAGGGAAGAUGGGAGAAGCUGGGGAGUUAUUCAAGGAGAUGAGUAAGCUAGGCAAGGAACCUAAUGUAAUUACUUAUAACUCGAUGAUAGAUGGUCUGUGUUUGACAGGUAGGUUAGAUGAGGCGCAAAGGUUGUUUGAUUCAAUGGUGGAUAAGGGCCUUAAACAUAAUGAACACAAUUUUUGUGUGUUGAUUAAAGGGUAUUGCAAGAACUUUAGGUUGGAUGAUGCUCUUGACCUCUUUAAGAAAAUGAAGCAAGAAGGAUUAAAACAAACACAAGUUACUUACACUACACUUGUGGAUGGACUAUGUCGCGGUGGGAGAGUUAAAGCUGCACGGAGCCUAUUGAUCGAGAUGCUAUCGAUUGGUGUUUAUGCAGACAUAGUUACAUAUGGUGCCAUGUUGGAUGGUCUUUUCAAGAAUGGACAUACUGAUGAGGCGAUAGAGUUGUUUCAGUCUAUAGAAGAAAUCUCAAACAAAGGAUUAGCUCCUGACGUUGUAACAUAUAAUAUAAUGAUCAAUCGAAUGUGCAAAGAAGGUUUGUUAUUUGAGGCCGAAAAUUUGCUGUUUGAAAUGGAAAAGAAUGGUUGCAGACCAGAUGCUAUUACGUUUAGUACUAUCGUUACGGGUUAUCUUGAAGGAGGAAAUGUUGUGAAAGCUACUGAGUUUCUUCAAAUAAUGCGUGAACGGAACUUUCACCAACCUAGGGCACUAUUUCCCUGUUGACUAAUUCUCUAACAUUGGUUCAAUGUAAAACCUUCGAGUUUGUAUGAAUGCUCUAUCAUAUUGUGAUCCAAAUUAUACUGUCUGGGAGUUGCUGUUCUCGUAGAAUUGGUGCAUGGAAUUCUUGUCGAGCUCUGCACCUGUCAGUUUCAGAGAAAUGGUGUUGAUGUGGAGAAGAACCGAUGGUCUUUCUAUCUUCUGACAAAGGUCUGGAGGUGGAGGCAGUUCCACGUCCAUCAAGAUGAGCAAGAAUGUGGGUAGUUUUCUUCUUUGCAUGUUGUCAACUCUCUAAAUUGUUCACCUUUUGGAAUUUUUCACCAGAUAUAUCAUGUUUCCAAAGACUUCUUUUUUCCCUGAAGCAGUUCUGUUGUUGCUCACAAUUUUUGCAUUUAUCACAUCAGUCCUCCUCUCCUGGGCACGAAGUUGGUAGCUCUCCCAGUUGCCCUCCUAAUGCAUUUUUCUCACCUUCUUUCUAAGUAAAUACUUAGAUUUGAGUUUUGGUUACUUGGACCUACACAUCUUUAUGCUACAAGUGAUGCAUUUUGAGUAUUUAUCUCCUUGUGGUUUUCUCGACCUGCAAAGACUUAACCGGAUUUCCCCUAGCGCUCUAUCGAUUACUUGGUGGGUGUCCUUGCCUACUCCGGGUAAAGUUUCAAUUAAAGAUUACAGUGACUUUCGAUAACCUGGUGGCUAUGUUAUUAAUCAUUGUAGGAAGCCCUUUAUGCUCAGGUAUUACUUGUCAGUGUAGGAACACCAUCUCUAACUUAUUGCUAUUUAUGCUUCCAGUUAUGCUGUUUCCGGGCUUGAUACAGUUAUGUGGUUGGGGUCAAGGCAAGUGCUUAUUUUUCCUUACGUAAUGGAUCACACAGUUGAAAUGAUUUUGAAGUUAUCCAGUGCUGGCAGUAGACUUGACAUUACUGUGGGGGAUUGAAAAGGUUACAUUGUGGGACACUCAUAUUCGUUGGUGAAUAUCACUCCAAGGCUCUCCACAUGGAGGUGAACUUGAACAGAAGAUAUGGUGCCUUGAUUGAGGUUCAGGCAUGUGAGUCAAUGACAGAGGAGCAGUUCCAUUCAAUGCUCGUACCUUGGAAUAUUUCGUAACGAGGUGCAGCUUACAGACUUUGUCAGUUGAGCGGCAGCCCAAGAAGUCCAUGGAGUCCAUCAUCUAUCUCUCAAAAGCUCCCAUCUCCUGAAGGCAUUGGUUUAAAGCUGAAACUGGUUCGAACUCAGGUUUCACUGAAGGUAAUGACAUCUAUGCUGUUUGUGUUGGUUUUAUGUAGAGAACUUAAUCUUAUACAUGUAAACUUGUGUACGAUAAAACAAAUAUUCAUAGAAAAACUAGAGCUGAACAUGUUGGUGAAUUGUGUUCAGCUAACACUAACAAUGUUAAGAGUUUGACUAUUAGCUCCGCGCAUGUUUCUCAGUCUUGGCCCCUGGUUGCUGAAAAUGGAUAUGUUCCACGCAUGUGUCAUUGACGUUUACAAGUCUGUAGUUUAGGUAGUCUGAAAAUUUAGGUUGUUCAUAGAACAAUAUUAUAUAAGAGCCCAGUGGAUAAGGGAUUUGUUUGUUGCC